CCACCCUCAAGAUAAGCUCGGCCGAGCUCGCGGGGUAUUACUACAGAGCUUGGCCCAUAAGCUGUAGCCCUGCUCAUAAUUAGUCGCCGACUGUCCGAACAUCAUCUUUCUCCCUUCAACGCACCGAAGUGACAGCAUUCCAUCGCCGAAUUUCAUUGCUUCGGAGGCAGCUGAUUGUAACUUUCCUUCAGACCAGACACGAAACACUUGUGGCCAUUUCGCUGCCAUGUCAGAGAAGACGAAGUACGCUGAGCGGGAAAUCCCCGAGAUUUCCCUUCAAGAUUUCGAAGCUCGAGUCGAUGAGAUUACCUCCCAGCUUUGUAGCGCUGCCGAGAAUGUCGGAUUCUUCGCCAUCAAGGACCAUGGGAUUACCGAGGCGGAAGUAGACGAGAUGUUUUCGUUGUCCGAGUCCUUCUUCCGACUCUCGGACGAAACCAAAGCGACCGUGCCAUGGACUCCGCAGAAUGUCGGCUGGGAAAAGAUGUCACAGGUCAGACCGUCCACCGGCCAGCCGGACACAAAGGAGUCCUACCAACUCCAGUUCGGCGAACACAUGGAAGGAAAGUGGAUGGGCGAUGAAAACCUACCUGGAUUCAAGAGCCGGUCUUUGGCUUUCAUGCAGCGCGUGCAGAGCGUUUCUGAAAAGCUCAUGCUCUGCUUGGCCCGCGGUCUUGGCUUCCAGGACGACUACUUCAUCAAGUAUCAUGACGCUAGCCGCCCAGACUCCCAGUCCUGUCUCCGUCUCUUACACUACUACGAGACUCCCAAGGUCAACGACGGCAAGAUAUAUCAUCGAGCGGGAGCGCACGCAGAUUGGGGCUUUUUGACGCUCCUUUUUCAGAGGGGCGAGCAGUCCGGCUUGGAGAUUUGCCCUGGUCGAGAGGUCGUGACCGAGCACGCUCUGGGGGAUACAUGGACGAAAGUGGAGUUCAAACCAGGUGUCAUUGUGUGCAACAUUGGCGAUCUUCUGAUGAGCUGGAGCGACGACCGAUUCAAGAGCACAUAUCAUCGGGUCAAGGCGCCAUGCGAAGAAGGUGAUUAUUAUGGAGAGCGAUUCAGCAUGGCCUUCUUCAACCAGGCAUGCAAGGAUGCAAUCAUUCAGGGGCCGAAGCAAAAGUAUCCCGUGGUAACGGGGGAGGAAUUCAAUAGAAACGCGAUGAACCGGAUGUACGCGGCUUUGCAAGCAAAGAUGGCCGCAGGAGAGGAGCCGAAUGGCCAACAGAUGAAGCUGGAGACGCCAUUGAUCAAGUCUCAAGGAUAGCAACUGUUUCAACUGUUCCUUCAAUUCUGCCUUUCGUUCGUCUUUUUGUCGUGCCUGAUCAAUCAAAUGCCUUCUUCGGCCCUAAUCACAGGUGUUUUGCAAGAAACACGAUGGACUGCCAUGGACAACCCGUUUCAGUAACUUUUGUUACACCCUAGGGUGUCAUCGUUAGCGAAUGAAGUUUUGUCAAGGACAUACUUUUGCUCUAAACUGAUCAAGAACCACUCCGUACAUUGCAG